AGAUGCAGUUUGUGCACAGAAUUGGCGCAAGAGGCAGUUCACGUUGGCUAUUCAUAAUGGUCUGGGGCUGAUGGUCGGGACUGGAUCGGGUUCAGGAAGGAUCGGAUGAACCUAGGAUGGACGUCCGCAAGAAUACGGGAUGACAGACACGGCGUAACAAGUGGACAACAUGGAGGCUGAUCGCAAAACUACAUAGAGAGGACUAACCAACUAAACCAGACUAACCCCCUGGUAGAAAGAUGACGCCGCAGCGUGGACAACUGAGACAGUAACCUCUCGUAGAUGGUAGCGCCAUCUCUCCCGCAGCCGAGAAACAACAAGGAGGAGGAUGCUGCGCACUGGAUCUCUGCGCAACAUCUCUCCACUGAAUGCCUCCUGCCGUUCACUCACGUCGACGGCAGAUACGCGUCAAAAUUGGAACUCAUCCAAGCUACAGUGCGCUCUAAUAUGGCGGGUGCCGCGCAGUACUUUUGUAUCCUUCUCGCUCUCCUGUAUGUCUACCAAGCUGCUGGAACACAUUCCUCGACUCACGUAGAACACCCCAGGCUACAACCUGUUGUUCCUUGCCGGCUCAUCCCGCUCUCCGGCUGGCGACCAAACAAGGACAUCAUUCACGUCCUGGGCAGCACGAGGCUCUUGUCAUUUAACGGUUCCUCUGGAAUCUGGAAGGACUCCCACCUCCCUAACGCGCACAAGCUGACUGCCUCUUGGCGUGUGGUAUGCGCUAACAAACACCACGUCGUCAUCAGCAACGGCACACAUGUCAGCAUAUUUCACUUAAAAUCAUUUAUGUGGAGCCAGAUUCACGACGCAACAGACGCGACAGACCAUCACAUUGCCUGGUGCGGGGAGGACGAAGUCACUGUGGUGUGCUUAGCGUCUGGCGUCCGCUCUAAAAUCGAUAGCAAUGGGAACGUCACGGUCACGAAUGGCUCUGCGUUUCCAGUCGCCGCGGCUAAGAAGUCGUACGUUCUUUCGUGGGCCGUCCGUGACUUCACCUACGUUCUUGUAGACAAGUUCUGGAACGGAUCCCGGGUACAGAAUGCGACGGGUUUAUGGAAGAUGCCUGCUGCGGGCAGUCCAGGUAACUGGAAGCUGGUGUCCCUUUGGCCCGCAGGAAAAGCGGGUCACCCAGCGUCUCUAUCAAAGUCUUACACGUGGUCGAACGACACGGCGCUUUGGCUGUGGAGGGAGCUGCCGACAGAGUCUCAGUUGUGGUCCUUCAACGUGGUCACCCAGAGCUGGACGAGGCACGGGAGUAACCACUCAUCGAGUCUUGGGAGUCCUCUGUUGGCUUGGAAUCACGGACAAACGCCGUGUCUCCUGUUUGCGAAUCCAACUUGUACUUCAAAUUAUUCUUUGUCUUAUCUUCACUGCCUAAAGUCGGUUACCAAGAAGAAGGCGAACUCGACUCUUACGACGCCAAAGCCCAACUCGACGACUGUGGCCUACUCCACUUCGCCAACGACAGCACACAGUACCGUCACUUCGCGGCCCACUCACGCCCCCCUGAAUACAACGGCACUUCCGACGGGUGCAACAGGCACGAGUUUCCCAACAACGCAGGUCGUUUCUCGGUCUAACCAAUCAACGACCCCGCUUCCUCCGACGACAUCAACGUUCAACCCGCGCUUACCAACUGCCAUUGGGAUUACGGAGCUGAAAGACGACCAGAUCGAGCCCUCUCCAAUGGAUUCUUCGCAAACAAAAUGGCACCAACAGAAUUCUGGAAUCUUCGGUUCAAUCAUCUUCUUCGGAACAUCGAUAACCAUCUUCACGAUCGUGGGAGCUGUCUGGUGCAUCCGCCAUUGCGUGCAUUUCCCGAAGGAUGCCCUUUUAUUGCGAGAUCCUCCGUCUGUACGGUACACAGCUAUUCCAGACACUAUAGCGUAAACUUCCAAGAGAAACAAUCGCACGGAGACAAGUCAGCCAAACAGCAUUUCCGUUACGUUUGAUAGGCUGCUGCAACAGCACUGGAGAAUUGUAAUGGGAAGACAUAUAUGUGCCAACUUAGUGCGCCACCGUCCACCAAUCAUUGGAGACUGGCUUCCAGACGGGUGACGCAACCGUUUACUCGGAGACAUGCAAACCCGUUAAGAGGGGCAAGAUCAACGUCUACAGAGCCCCGUUUAACGAUGAAGCUGAGGAAGACCGAAAGAACUGUUUUCCGGGACAGCACGAGCAGUAGGGCCAGGUUUCAUGUUCAGGUCCACACGACCUCCCAUCAUGUCUUCACAUCUGUGUUCUGCAGAGUUCUUAUGUAGGAUGUUGUUCGUGCACGUGAAGUGUUUUCGAAAUGUUUAUUGUUGUGCGACUCUACACGGAACCGGAGCAAACUACCGUACUUACUCGCAUAAUAGACCACUACCCGUUUGUAAACAAAUCACGUCAUAAUGUUCGACAGCGCCACCAGUUUGGUAGAGUUGAACUACGUUCAAAUCUAGUGGCGAACAAGGUCGCGCCUGAAAGCCACGGUCUUGAGGGGAUUACGGUGAUCUCUGAAAGGGACGCGAACUUCGGUCCUACUUUCUUUCAGCGAACAAUUGCUCAUUCGUGGAACCCCGCUUUCCCCUUCCGAUCUGUUUUGGUUUCGGUCUGUCUACCAACGUCAUGAUGACGUUUGUCGGGUAGAGGUCCACCAUCGCGAUGCGUGGCGCGAGCGGCGCGAGGCGGCUGCCAUUGGUACGUUCGCGUGUGGAUCAUUCUCGCGUGUGGCAUCGUAUCUCCCGGUAUUAUUGUGAAAAGCUCGGGUACUACGGUAAUCCCUAAAAGGGAUUCCUAAGGGUAAUCCCCAAAAGGCUCCGUAAACGGCUCUGGUUUGCUCUUCAAGCAUCUGUCCACAUUUCCUAUAUUUAUCGGAUCCUUGCUUCGCUUUUCCCCGACUUUGGCAGUGUAAUUUAUUACCGACAUUGUAAGUCACUGGAAUCCACGCGGUUUGAAAUUCCCGCGCAGAGAGACGUAGCGCGACGUCAGUGUGACGACACGAGGGCGUUCCCUUUACGCCAGGAUUCGGUUGCCCGUUGCCCCUACUGUAGGGUUGUAGGAUGCCGCUACAAGGUGACGGUGAGAGAGUGGGGACCAGCUCCGGUGGCGCAGCGGUAACGCGUGCGCUUGGAGACUGGGAGGUCCGCGGUUCGAAUCCGCGGGCCGGCUGUGCCGUCUGGGGUUUUUCCUGAGUUUCCUUCAGAUGUGUAAUAGGCGUAUGCCGGCACAGUUCCCCUGAAGUCGGCCCAUGGACGCAGCUAUCCUCCCCCCGAGCGGAUUCCGCUCGGUCUUCCACUUCACCCUUUCCUCUCCUCCUCUCCACCACCUUUCCCUUCCCGAGAAACAUGCCGCCUAAUCAGGCAGGCAGACCUCUCGGGUUCCUCCCAACGACACUCCUCCUCCUCCUGAGAGAGUGGACGCUGACGCGUGACCAUCCUGGCGAGGACGUCACGGAGACGUCAUGGGAGCUGAUGGGGUGCUGUCGACACUCGUCUGCGUUCGCCCAGUGCGCCGGCUUACAUAGCAUGGAGUUUGUCCACCAGCAGCUUGCCUGCAUACGCAGGGUGUUUCAGUUAAAUCCCCGGGCUAAUUCGCGAACGGGUGCACCAAUCGAAUAACUUUCUUUUUUACAAGUAUCGUGCGUUACGCGUCUUAUCAGGUGCUAUACUGAGUAAAAUGAUCACGAGAAACCCAUUUCCGCAAAGAAAACUUUUGGUUGACUUGGAAAAUUUCGGAGUUCAAUUCAAGAAAAUAAAUUUCCACCAAUUGAAAUGAAACAAAAAUGGUACCAAUAUGUGGCAAAUGUUCCUGGCAGAAAAACAUCACUUGACAGCAUGUCUCUCCGUUGCCUACGUUAUUUGCUAUGAAUUUCAUUCAUGGUUGGUUGGAGCACCCUGUAUAUGCCGUUUUACCAAUCCCGCAUGGAAAGAUCGUGAUUCGAGCAGUGGCGAGGAAAUGCCUGUUGAUUCCGAGGCACCGACAAGACCGUAGCUCCUCGAGCGUUUUGUUCCAGUUCACCCUAACUACGGCGUUAUGAUUUUAGGGACAAAAAAGUUAAUUAAGCGAGUAUAUACGGUAUUAUACUACCACUUGGCAAAAAUUGCAAAAGGCAGCGAAACGUGAUGGGCAAUCAUUCACUGCAGAAGGGCACAUAAUGCAUACGUAUAGUUGGUUGUUUCCUGUAUGCAAGAAUGUGGCUGGGGUUUGCCUUUGAACCUGUUUCUAGCAAGUUGGAAACAGGUAGUGCACCAUGUACUGGUGUUGCAUGGCAUUAGCCCAUCGGAAGAGCACUACUCUGGUGCAAAUUCACAAUUCCUAGCUCCAGUGUGGCAUUUCCAUGCAAAUAUUUGUCUUCAUUAUCAGAUUUUGAAGACAAUUUUUAAAUGACCUUCCUCGAAAGCCAAUUUACCACCAACUUUAUUGUUGGAAAUGACAAACCGAUUGUGUAGCGAUUUCUCUAUCUGAUGAUAUUUGCAAAUAUUGUUGUAAUCUCUUCAAUGGGAACAUAUCUUUUCUAGAACAUAUCAGACCACAAAAGUGCAUGCAUUUUGCAGAUUGACUUUAUAAUAGAACUACUUCUGAGACAACAUUAUUGAACAUGACAAUUUCAUUGGAUUAAAUAUUUGAUAACAAAUAUGUCUUUGCAUAUAUGUCUUUGGUAGAGAGAUAUACCUUACAUAAAGUGUUUUUUGACUAGAAGUUCAUGAGUACUGUUGUCUUUGCAAUAGGGUCAUAAAGGAAUUGUUGGCUUGA